AUGCGGUCUGUAAUACGGUUCAUUUUCUGGUCUGCGUGUGUCUCCUCUUUGUGUGCUUUUGUGUUUUACUGUCUGAGAGAUGACACCAUAGAACUCCCCGGGAAGGUGCCCUGCAGAAGGCACUUUCAAAGUCAGCAGAAUCUACCAGAGCAUGACCGAGGCUGGCUUGGGAGCAAGUUGCAUUGGCUUUUUCUCCUCGUUGUGCUGUUUGUGAUACAGAUGUUUCCAGGAGACAGUGACGAGAGUACUGUGGAGACUCUUCCUGCCCUCCAGGGCAGUUCACUUGGCUCUUCGGGAAAGAAAAAGAAAAAGGCUUCCCCCAACAAAGACUAUAUGUUCGAUACCUUAAACCAGCUUGAGACGGACCUUGUGAAGUUUGUAUCCAGGGCGCGGAAUCUAAAACUCGCCAUGGCAACCGGCAGUAAGCUCAGUCUUCCCAGUUUUGAGGUACCUGCUGAUAAACACAAUAACAUUACACUAUAUGAGCUAUGGGGCGACGAAGACUUCGAUGAAGACUCCGAGUAA